AUGAAUGACAACAAUUACAAUUGGUGGCGCCAAAGCCUCUCACCAACAAUUCAGAUGGAAAACAAUUUACAAAACGACACGGAUGGACUUCAUGUUCUUGGUUACGAAAAUGUAAGUGUUCAUAUGACUACUCGUAACUGGGGCGGAUUAUGUUUAACAAAUAGUAAUAUUACUGCAUUCAUCAAUGGAGAUGUUAGUCGUACAAAUUGGUAUUAUGCAAUUGGUUCCUAUGGAACUGAAAAGAAUAUUCCAGCAUACGGAGCAUAUUUAAAACAGGUUGCUCUUUAUGCGAAAAUUCCUAGCUUGGAUAUGAUUAUAUGCAUAUCGUGUCAAGUUUAUCGGAAUUUGUUCCUAAAUUUUCCUGAAUUUUUGUUUGUUAUUAUAGUAUAA